AUGGCUCCCAAAAAGCCCACUGCCGGUGCGAUGUCCGUUAUUUCAAAGCCAGCCACCAAGGCAAGCAAGGCAAAAGUAACCAAAACAACUGCUCCAGCUGCACCAGCUGCCUCUAAGAAGAAACCUACCAAAGCUGUUCCAGGUGCAGUGAAUGUAGCGAUUUCAGCGAUUUCAGCGACUGCAUCAACCGCUCCAAAGCCUAAAACAGGGCGUCCCAAGAAGGUGGUGGAGCCCCUUGAGAAAACUGAGAGCGUCAAGUUGAAUGGCAUAUCUUUUUCUCCCCCAACUGACUCAAACGAGUCGCACAAGAAGCGCAAGGCCCCUGUCGUAGAUGAUGUCGUGCCGCGCGAGCCCAAGAAACCCCGUGUCGUUAAAGGCCCCGUCGUCAAAGCCAAAGUGGUCAUCAACCAUCCCCCUUCACAACGAUUGAACGUCUAUGUUUGUGGCGAAGGAAGCUCUGGAGAGCUUGGCCUUGGUGCCGCAAAGAACGUAGUCGACGUGAAACGUCCCCGUCUCAACCCGCACCUCCGUGCGGAUACUGUUGGUGUUGUCCAGAUUGCCGCAGGUGGCAUGCAUUGUGUUGCUCUUACUCAUGAUAACAAGAUUUUGACCUGGGGUGUCAAUGAUCAGGGCGCGUUGGGGCGUGAUACUACCUGGGAUGGCGGGAUGAAAGAUAUUAAAGAUGAUGCGAAUGAUUCCGAUUCCGAUUCGGAUAGUGGUAGUGGUUUGAACCCACGCGAAUGUACUCCUACUGCUGUUCCAUCUGAGCAUUUCCCCAAAGAUACAGUUUUUGUCCAAGUCAGUGCUAGUGAUAGUGCAUCUUUUGCGCUCACUGAUGUUGGCACAGUCUACGGUUGGGGUACGUUCAGAGGCAAUGAUGGCAUCUUGGGUUUCGACAGCAAUACCAAAGUCCAGCGGACUCCGACCCUCAUCACAACAUUGACAAAGAUCAAAGCCAUCAUUUGCGGUGCCAACCACGUCCUGGCCUUGAAUGACAAAGGGUCCGUCUACUCCUGGGGCUCAGGUCAGCAGAAUCAGCUGGGCCGCCGCAUCAUCGAACGCAACAAACUCAACGGCCUCCAGCCGCGCGAAUUCGGCCUUCCCAAAAACAUGGUCGGUCUAGGCUGCGGCUCCUACCACUCGUUCGCCAUCCACAAAUCCGGUAAGGUCUACGCGUGGGGCCUCAACAGUUUCGGAGAGACUGGCAUUGUCCAGGGCGCCGGUGAUAGUGACGCGGCCGUCCUCCACCCUGCCGUCGUCGAGUCCUUGUUGGGCAAGGAUGUCGUCCAGGUCUGCGGCGGGUCCCAUCAUUCUCUUGCCCUAACCGCUAAAGGCGAGUGUCUUGCAUUUGGCCGUCUUGAUGGAUUUCAGACUGGGUUGAAGAUCGACUCGUUGCCUGAAGAGUCUAUUAUUCGUGACGAUAGGAAUAAGCCUCGCAUCCUCGUUACACCUACUGUUAUCCCGGGCGUUGACGCAUGUCAUGUUGCUACUGGGAGUGAUCAUUCUAUUGCCAUCGGUAAGGAUGGGCAUGCUUGGUCUUGGGGGUUUUCGGCCAAUUAUCAGACUGGCCAGGGGACUGAUGAGGAUAUUGAAGUUGCUUCUAUUGUUGAGAAUACUGCUAUUCGUGGGAAGAAGUUGAAUUGGGCGGAUGGCGGUGGCCAGUUUUCUAUUUUUACUGAGAUUGCUCAGCUGCCUGCUGAAUCUUGA